AUGGAGGCAGCUGGGUUGGCCUUUGGGCUUGUUGGAUUAACCACGAGUUUGAUUCAACGGGCAAGGGCCAUCAUCACUUCCCUCAAAGAGGGGGCGCACACCUCAGAUGAAGCUGCGGAUUUUCUUGGCAAAGUCGAACUAUUGAGGGGGACACUCUUGGCAGCCCGUGAUCUUGCGGAGCGAGAGGGUACGGAGGAUGCCAGUGUGCAGACCAUGGUUGCGUUAGCUCGACAAGGCCAGAAUCUAGAGGCUCUUCUCAGCGAACUAGAGAUCAGGGUCAGACGACCAGGGUCUCGUCCUCUUUGGCAACGCUUCAUCCAAGUCAAAGCAUCACAACUAUUGGACGAGAUCGAAGAUAACCGUCGACUCCUCGAUUCGUUACUGGAUAGAUCCGAAAUAUCACAUUCAGCAGAUGCUUUAAAUCACCUUGAUCAGGGAGGCCCCUCUGAGCUUUCUGCCAAAGUUAUCACAGAAUGGUUGGGUGGUCUUGACUUUUCAGACGUGCUUCUACACUUGACGGAAAUAAGCCUUUCCGGAACCGGAUCAUGGUUGCUCGAAGACUCUUCAUUCAAGCGGUGGGUGGAGGAGCCUGGUAUGCCAUUAUGGUGUAAUGGUAAUGCUGGGGCCGGAAAGUCAAUCACAUGUGCAAUGGUGAUCAGCCAUCUCCGCCAAAAGUUCCCCAAGGAAAAGAUUCCUGUCAUAUUUGUCUUUUUCGACUUCAGACAUCAAGAAACGCAGAAACCGACGGAUAUUGUCAACUCCUUGAUUUUACAACUCAUAAGGCAAUCCCACGACAUGUCGAAUACUCUUACUGCGUUAUACAACAAACACAAGUCUUCUUCAAUCUCCCCAAACUUAGAAGAACGUUGGGCUAGUCUAAUAAGUGAGAUUAAUCGGUUUAACCGCGUUUUUAUCCUUUUUGACGCUCUGGAUGAGUACACGCAAGGUCCAGAAGGCUUUCUCGCUGACUUUUAUCAUCUCCUCGAAAUCCCUAACACUAGUAUCUUUGUGACGUCGAGGCCAACGUGUGUGAACAAGACUGCGUUUAAAAGCUUUGAAGUACUCGAAGUACGCGCCCAGGGCUCUGACCUUGAAGCCUAUGUGCGGGAGAGACUGUCUAAAUCAUGGCUGGCAGACCAACCAACCCUUCAUGAUGACAUUGUAAAGGGGAUAAUCGAAAGAUCCGACGGCAACUUCCUCUUUGCAAAGGUUUCCCUUGAUUCUCUGUUGUCUCAAUCAACUAUUAGACAACUGAAGGAUGAGCUAUCCACUCAGCAUAGCCUCAAUGACCUUUAUGGGAUAUGGAUGCAUAAAACCGUUCUUGGUCAAGGCGAUCAGUCUACCCUAGCAUUGGAGGUACUGUUGUGGCUUGCGUAUUCAGUACGGCCACUUACACUGCAUCAGCUCCAAGAGGCCGUUGGGAUCCGGCUAGGGAGCGACUGCUUGGACGACGAUACUUUGCCGUCAAUUGAGGUAGUGUCAGAGAUUUGUUCUGGUCCAAUGUUCAGCGAACCAUCCAGGCCACAAAUAGUUCUGGCACAUAAAUCGGUCAAUGAGUACCUUCGAGAGUUCCUUCCAACAGUCAUGUCAGUCAUACCUGGCCCUAGUGAGCCAGAGGCAUUUAUUGCCAAGAAGUGUCUCACAUGUCUUUGCUUCAAUGCCUUUUCUCUCAAAGUUCCCACUGAGCCAGGGGAACUCGAGGCCAGACUGGCCCAAUAUUCCAUGCUGGGUUAUGCUGCAAGGUACUGGGGAGAACAUGCACAGCGAGUUAUGUUUUCAAACAUAAUGAGCGAUAUUAUGGCUCUGUUCAACUCAAGCCAUAAUACUCUGUCUGCUGGGUUGGUCAUGUCAACCUAUGAACAGCACCCGAGCCACUAUGAACGAGCAUAUCAAGGCAUGUUGGGCUUACACAUAUCGGCGUACUUUGGCCUGACGAACGUUGCAUCGCACAUAAUAAUGGGCCAGAAAGUCCAUCCUGAUGCCACAACUACUGGAGGCUGGACCGCUUUACAUUGGGCUGUCAGACGCGGGUGGACGACCAUGGUUUCCACGUUACUGUCCUACAACGCUACACCCAGCUUAACAACAGCGCUUGAUGGGUGGAGUUCAUUACAUUUGGCUGCGAAAGAAGGCCAUGCUGAUAUUGUACAGAGGCUUAUUGACACCGGCGUCGACAUCAAUGCAAAGGAUGUUCAUUCCAGGACAGCCUUAUACCUUGCAACUUGGGGUGGUCACGGUGAUGUUGUUCGCUGCCUUUUAGAGGCUCUUGCUGAUCCAAGAAUCUCAAAUGCCCACGGUGCCACGGCGCUCCAUUGUGCUGCCAAACGAGGACACGAGCUCAUUGUGAGCGAAUUGCUUUCCAAAGAUAUAGACAUCAAUGCGGUUGAUAAAGUUGGACUCACUGCCUUGGAUGAAGCUAUCCGAAAGCAAAAUACAAAGGUCAUCGAGAGGCUGAUUGAGGCGCGAGCACAGAUAAGGUGGAAUACUAAGAUGUUACCAAACGACAGCAUCGUCCAUGAUCUCAAUUGGCGAGCUUACAUGGUCAAUGAGCAAAGAACUGGACGAGUACAGAAGGGCAAUCAAUGCAAGUGCCACGUUCUGGAGAAGACUUCUACACAUGACUACUCUUCAUCGUCAGCGAUGGUCUUUCGCAAGACAUUUUCUCUAUCAACCGACAUUCAGGGACUGGUAAGGAAGUAUUUCGAGUCUGAACGUAUGAUUCUCCAUCGACUUCGACACCCAAAUGUAGUAGCAUGCUUGGACUUUGACGAGGACCCGGACCAGAAUGCAUUUCUUCUUUAUAUGGAGUACUGUGACCUCGGAGACCUCAAAACCUGUCAUGGGCGGCCAUUAGAUAUGUCCAGCGACAGUGACCAGGAAGAGGAUGAUGUUGAUGAAACUGAAGAUGAUGAGGAUAAGCACUAUGGCUUUUAUGCAGAAGACUCAUCCUCAAGGAGUGAAACGACAGCGCUGGACUCGAAGAGCGUUUGGAGCCUGAUUGCCCAAGUAUCGUUGGCUUUGGCCUAUCUACACUAUGGCUUAGCUAUCAAUUAUCGAGAAGGAAACUGGGAAGCCUCUGUUGAAAGUUUGUGGCACAAUGUCAUACAUCGAGACAUAAAGCCAGCUAAUAUUGUGAUGCAAAGUUGCAAGUCUGACGGCCGUAUCUACAAGCUUUGCGACCUUGGGAUAGCCUCCGAGGCAGGGAAGGGCCCUGAAUACAACACAACGCAAUGGAUCGGCAGCCAAGGAUUUCUGCCUCCGGAAGUGAUUCGAGGCAGUCAGUGGUCGACAAAAGGAGAUAUUUGGUCGUUUGGAGCCACGGUCCUCGAGUUGAUGAAACUCAAGGACUCCAAAUUGAAAAAAGCGACAAAGAUAAUGAUCGACAAGUGCACCCAUAAAUACCCAAACAUGAGGCCUAGCAGUCUGGAGAUUUUACACGAGGUUCACAACCUGCUUGAGAGAAAUGACCUUCUGCAUGCCUUACCUCAUCCAUCGAGCCUUCAGAUUCAGGCAGUCCAUAACCUUUUGGGUGGUCAUGAAGGAGGUUACAUCCUGCAAGCGUUCAAAUUGGUGUCAGAGCUCUUGGAUGAUAUUGUGCCUUUCCACGAUCAAGGGGCCAAAGAUCGUCGCAAAGGUAUAAUCCAACGGCUUGGCCUUCUAUGGAAAGAUGGUGCCGAGGCCCCUUUCAUGGAACAUUUAAAUGAUUUCUCACUUCACAUUUUGGUACUACUUCCCUUGUCACCUAAAACUCGUGCAACGCACUUCCGCAAAGCUAUCACCUCCACCCGCGUGAACGCGCGGUGGCAACGAUCACGCUGGACGCCUCUGCACCUUGCAGUACAGGAAGGGAAGAAAGAGAUUGUGGCAGAUCUAUUAGACAAUGGAGCGAAUAAGGACAAGGAAGACAUACAUAAGUAUGUCCCGAGACAUUACGCAGACUCGCCGUGCGCUGAACUACUGCUCUAG